AUGUUACCACCCCACGGUCGUUUACCUUAUUAUCAUCAAACCUUUAAAAAACGCGAAAAUUUAACGUGUCGUUUAACUCACGUACAUAAACUAAUAUCAUUAAUCGCCAUUACACUGUCACUACUAUCCAUUUAUUUCACAUUUAUACUUACAACCACUAAAUAUAUAGAUUAUGAAAUUCAAACAUUGCAAAAACUACAAAUUCAUAAAGAUCCAGACAGUUGGCUUGAAGAGAUUUAUGGAAAAGUAAAUAUAUCAAUGUUGAAUGGACACACAUACUCACAAUUAUUAAAUUUAAGUUCUGGCUGGAAAUCAUACUUACCUUUAUCUUCUGAAUUAACAAUCAUUUCAAUAGUUAACGAUCAUGACAAUAUUGAAGCACAAUUGAAUUCGAUAUCAAAUCAAACAAUAAAACCAGAAAAUAUAAUAAUAAUUACAUCAAAAAGAAUCGUGAAUAAAAUCGAGUAUCUAAUCAGGAAGAAGCACAAUGAUCUUAUAAUAUCUAUUUACGUUAUGGACGCGGAUAAAUUAAAAUUACUAGGUUGGCUACAACUUGCACAAAAUAUAAAAACAACUCAUGUACUUCUUUUGGAUUCUGGUGUGGUACUUGGCAAAAGAUUUAUUCAGAACAUGCUUCAUGUUGCAAACACCAAUGAAUAUAAUAAUGCUCUAUUGGGAACUAUGGGUGCAUACAUUAAAGUUAAUGGUGGAUUAGUCAACCAAAAAUCAUUGGUUUGUCUGGCUGACCACAAAUUACAUUCAAACAAUCAUAUUCAAGUGUUAGAUUCGGUCACCAGUUCUCAGAAAGUUGAUAUGUUGACUAAUAUUUGGUUUUUCAAAAAACUAUGGAUCCCUAUACUGUUUCGAGAAAAUGUAUUGGAUGAUGCGGGUGUUCCCUUUGGUUUCUAUUUCACUUAUGUUCUCAAAUAUCAUGCAAAUAUACCUUCUUACAUCCUACCUACUCAUGAUGAAGAAUCUUGGGGUGACAGGAAUUCUAUACAACAGAGUACAUGUGAAGAUCUACAAUCAAAACUGGAUAAUAAUGCUAUUUGGAACAAUCAAAUCGAACAUGGUUAUCCUCUGGUGUUUAAAGAAUCAUUGUUAAAGAAUACAGAAUUGAACAGAAUAUUGUUUGUUAUUGAUGGUUAUUAUCAGGAAAAAAUGUUUAGACCAUUAUUUUGCAGAUUAUCAUUGAUCAAUGAUAAUUUGAUAAAUGUGGUGGUGACUGGUAAUUCACGAGGAAUGUCUGCCUCGAAACUAAGAUCCUCUCUUGUGGAAAAUCAAUAUUCAGAAUGUAAAAAUAUAGAAAUCUAUGAUUUAGACAUUAAAACAGAUUCCCGAAACAGAAUUUCUAGAAAUGAUGAUAUUGAAUUAAAAAUCAAAGUUUUUCAUGGUGUUGGUCGUAUAAUACAGUUCCUAAAACCAGAAGUUAUAUUCUAUUCUAAAAUUGCAAAAGAUGAAGUAAUCCAAGGAAUAACAAUUGCUGCAAAUGAAAUAAAAAACAUUACCAAAAUACAAUUGCCUUUGGACGAAGUACAUUAUGCGAUAGAUAUUAUUGCUGACUUGCCAUUUAAAGCAUUAAAAAAUUGGAAUUUGCCAAAAGUUCAAUUACAGGUACUUACACAAAAUCGGCCUAAAUCCUUGAGACGUCUUGUGAAUUCAUUGAAUUUAUCAUUCUAUUUUGGAGAGGAAAUUUCAUUAACAAUUAACAUGGACAAAGGAGCAAAGAAUAACACAAUAUCCCUUUCAAAUAAAUUUAAAUGGAGACAUGGUGUAAAAAACAUUAAACACAGAGUGGAUGAUGUUGAACUGUCACCAUAUUAUUAUAUUUGGACAAAAUAUGUAAUUUUAAAGUAUAGAUACGGACCAGACCGAGAAUAUAGUAAAAGAAUGUAUGGGUUGAGUUUAUAUAAUCAGAAACAAAUGGAGCUUCCACUUCCUGGCCGUAGAAAAUUUUCUGCAGACCUCAUAUUAAACAAAUCAAAAUAUAAAAGUGGAUCGCCAUACCUAUGUCAGGUUCCUUGUAGUUGGGGAGCAGUCUACUUUCCAGAAAUAUGGCGUGAGUUUCACGAAUAUCUUGCUGUUCGUCUAAAUGAUGUCAACAACUACAAAAUUCAGGAUAUAAAAGUACCGCUUAGUAGAUCGAAUUUUUGGAAAGAGUCUUGGAAAAAAUACCUUAUUGAACUGAUAUAUCUUCGUGGUUAUGUAAUGUUGUAUCCAAACUUUAGUAAUUACACUAGUUUCUCCACAAAUCAUGCCGAGAAUGGUAUACAUAUUCGUGCCCGAAAAAAUAAACCUGCCCCAGGUUCCAUAUUUGACGCGCCGUUAAUGAAUAAGAACAUUAUUUUCAAGGAAUUGCCUGGUGGUCAACUAGCCAAAUAUAAAGAUUUGCCCGUGUUGGAUUUAUGGGGAAAUCUUACCACAUUUAAAACUUUAGUAUAUCGCGGUCAAGAUCUUCAAUCUAAAGUAUCAUUAUGCCCACCAACUGGUAAAAUUGAUGAACCAACAUUUGAUCCACGUGAUUUGUUUUGUGUUGACCUAGCUGAGAAACGUAAAGCAAUGGCUCUGUCACAGAAUUAUUCAAGAGACAUUGAUAUUAUGAUGAGAGUUUUUGAAGUGGUCACAAAUUAUGCAAAUUUAAAUCAAAUGAAAAUGGGACCAAAGAAAUUUAUUAAUAUAUUUUUGAGUAUUUUGAAUGGAAAAUAUGCACCAUAA